UAAAAAAUUCCGCCAGUCGUCGGCGGCGGUGGUCUGCUACGAACGUGUACGGUUACUCAGGUAUAGGUUAGUACCCGGUGCAGUGUACGCUAUCGCUACGUGUCGGACAACGCGCAUAAACGUGUUCGCGAAGCGUGGCCGGACGAACGCGCUCGCUGCCGUUGUUGCUGCUACGAGUAUAGGAAAUAUUCCAGUUGGUCACCGCCACCGGGCCGGAAAACCGCGUAUGGACGCGCGGCGGUGACGACGCGACGCGACGGCUCGACCGGAAACCGCGAGUGGAAGGACGUGAGGAGGACCUCGGGGACGCGGGGACGAUGAACGCCGGGCUCGUGGUGGCCGCCGCGGUUCUGGUGCUGUUGCAGCCGGCCCUGCGCGCGGACGGCACCGAGGCCAACGUGGACGUGGGCCGCGGCGUGGACGUGCUCCAGCGGUUCGGCAUCAUCGGCGACGUGCUGUUCGGCGACGCGCUGUUCGGCGACGUGUCCAACGCCGAGGACACGCGCACCCACGACGUGUUCAACGACGCCGACCGUUUCACUGAAGUCUUCAACAUGACCAAAAACCACACAAAUUUAUUAAACCUCACAUUUUGCCCCGAUCUAGACUGUCUGUUCAACGUUUAUUUCGAUGGUUUUCAAGUUGAGCUUUCCGACACACCAUGGAAAUUGUUGACAACAAGCAGACAGUCACAUUUUAUAUCUGAACGGUUUGGCGUACCAGAAAUGGCAAUGGAACUUGGACAGAAAUUCGUAAUUGUCUCUUAUAAGCGACCGGUAAAACGUAUCAAAAUGAUCGGUAAUCUUACACAACUCGCGGAACUUAAGCCAACAAUGAUCGAAAAAUUAAAAUGUACAUCUAUUGGUAUUGAAUCUAUGGUGACAGAUUUUAUCACUGAAUUCGGUUCACAUUACAUUGAUGAAUAUACAAUAGGAGACAGUAUUUUUCAGGUGCUGGUUUACCUACCAGUGUUUUACAACAGGUUCUACAACAGUUGUGUACUCAACAAUUGUUCGGAGUCGGAUACGGUUAAAUGGUUGUCGCCGAUGUACACCGAAUACCAGGGCCAGGUGAUGUGGGUGGGUUCGAAAGACGCCGUGGACAAGUGGAUAAAUUCCAAUUUGCAGUUGGAUUCUCAGUUGGGUGACACUUACAUCAGUCUGUACGCGUUGAAAAACCGUCCUGACCUAUGUAACGAACUCGUUGCGCUCAUGGACGAUCGCGCGGUGGUCGGGGUGCACCUGAAGAUCAUAUCGACGUUCAUCGCUGAUCCCGUGAAACGCAAAUGGUUCCGGGAAGUACUGGACAAUCAUGUUAAACUCCGUGAAGUUAAUCUAUGACGAGCCGUCGUUUUCGUCACUCCGCGACCUGAAUACGUCAUUGUUGCAAUAUAAAUCUAUGUGUACCUAAAGGGAAGGGGACAUUAGUCCGGAUAACCUUAGGAGAUGACGGAGAUACAAAAAAUCGAAAAUUAUUUUUACUUGAGCGAAUAGUUUAUUAUUAUACAUGAUUUAAACAGAGUAUGGUUUAAUUUUGUGUUAAAAUAUGCCCUUGAUAAUAAGCGUGUGUGAAAUGUCAACUGUUUUCGCUUUUUCAUGACAAUAUCGUCAAGUGUAAACCUUAAGUUAAUCAUUAUUGCAUAUAUAAAUAUACUUAUAAGUCAAUUUAGUAUCUGAUGUCGAGUGUAAAUUUAUAUUUUAAGUUUUUCAGGUAAUUUUUUUAAUAUUAAUGAUUAGAUAUUAGCUAUAGUGAAAAGUAUCCACGAGGAUCAUUAACUAAUUACAUUAUGCCCCACGAUAGUAAAAAAAUUGAAAUCAAGUGUUUAUAAUACGUAAUAAAUAUACGACGUAAUAAAUAAGGAUAAUACAUUUAAUUUUAACGAAAUUCGAAUAUAGGAUGUAUUCCAAUUAGCGAAUCCUUAUGGAAAAUUCCAUGUACAUAUAAUCAUUUUAAACUGUGCUUGAUUAAUACAAAAGUUAUAAUAAUAA